AUGGCUCUCCAACCUUCUCUUCGUCCCCUCCUUAUCGCUGGCACGUACGACGCGCCUCACACCCUCGACAUCUUCUCGGACUAUGUCUGCCCGUUCAGUGCCAAAUUGUCGAAGGCCAUCAAUGAGGUAGUCAAGCCCUCCCUCGACCAAGGCGGACAGUACCAUGGCAAGGUCAAGGCCAUCUUGCGCCUUCAAGUACAGCCCUGGCAUGCGACCUCGACGUACACGCACGAAGCAGCGUUGGCGGUUGCGCGUGUCUCUCCCGAGCACUUCUGGCCAUUCUCUCUGGCGCUCUUCCAGCAGCAAGAAGACUACUUCGACCAACAGGCAUCCAAUCUGACCCCAAACCAAAUCCGCGAGAAGCUCGCUACUCUAGCAGCCUCGGUCAUCCCCGCCGACAGGGUUCCCGCUUUCAAGCAACAGAUUGCUGUGAAGGGUCCCGGUAACUCAGGUACUGCUGUCACGGAUGAUCUCAAGUACACCGUCAAGUUCUCCAGGCAGAAUGGCGUCCAUGUUUCUCCCAGCGUACUGUGGGAUGGUAUCAUAGAUAACUCGAUCUCAAGCUCGUGGGGAAAGGAGCAGUGGACCAAGUUUUUCUCUGAGAAGGUCGUUGUGUGA